AUGCUAAGGAAACUCGAAGUUACCAUGCCAUUUCAUGAGGUAAUCCUACAGAUGCCCUCUUAUGCGAAGUUUCUUAAAGAUAUCUUGACAAAGAAACGAGUUAUGGAAAAAGAGACAGUGGCUUUGAGUACCGAGGUUAGUGCCGCGAUUUUGCAGCAUACUCUUCUGCCCAAGAUGGCCGAUCGGGGUAGUUUCUCGAUCCCGUGUAAGAUUAGUAUCAUAGAAAUCGAUCGUGCCCUGUGUGAUUUGGGAGCUAGUGUUAGCCUACUUCCAUUAUCGGUGUACAAGAAACUCAACAUUGGAGAACUUAAACCGACGAGGAUGGCACUCCAACUCGCGGACCGUACCGUCAAGUAUACAGCUGGGAUAUUAGAAGACGUGCCAUUAAAGGUCGGUGAUUUCUAUGUCCCUGUUGAUUUUGUAGUAUUGGACAUGGACGAAGACACGAAAAUCCCUAUCAUUUUGGGGCGUCCAUUCUUGAAUACCGCCGAUGUUGUGGUACACGUCUGGGCAGGACGUUUAACGAUGAAAAUCGGUGAUGAGAUGGUUCAAUUUACACUUGAUCAAACUAUGAAGCAACCGUCCAGCACCGACUCACUUUGUGCAGUUGAAAUUCUUGAAGAAGAGCUUGAGAACAUGGUUGAAGAGUUCAAAGAUAUAGACCCGUUGGAGAUCUCUCUUGGGGCUAUCGAGGGAAGUCUUUUCUGUAAUGAACAGGAGAUUCAAGAACUCACUAGAUUGCUUGAUGGAAAUCAUUCAGACGCAGAGUGUACUGCAUGGGCUCUUGAAACAAAUCGCGCGAGAACAAGUGAAGCAGCAGAGCCAUUACCCAGUUUUGCUCAGAGAUGUGGCGCGGGCUGUGUCAUUAUUGACUUGGGCCGUGUCAGUUCUAGCACGAACGUUUUGGCAGGGAAUGAGGUCCGUGUCGCUGAGAACGUGACGCCCAAUUUUGCUCAGAGAUGUACCGCGGGCCGUGUUUGA